CUCGAAAUAGUUUCACUUUUCUUUCCUCUGAAGCCAGGCCUUCGCUGCUGCCCGUGGCCUGCACAGACUUCCUGCCUCACCCACGGUUUCUGCCCGCCUGCCUGCCUUUCUCCCAGGCCUUCAGGAGUGACCCCUGGCUGGCCGCCGCACCUAGGAAAGGGAAGGAGCAGGUGGGAAACUCUGCAGCCAGGAUGGUCACCAUGACUCGAGAAUUAAAAAAUGCUCUUCGUGAGCACUUCAUCCAUCAUAAGCUGGAGAUCUCCUACGCCAUAUUCAAGCCAUUUCCCUUCUUCGAAGGCCUCCGAGACAAGUCCUUCAUCACCGAGAAAAUGUACAUGGAAUCUAUGGAAGCCUGCAGAAAUAUGGUCCCCGUGUCCAAAGUGGUGCACAACAUCCUCACCAAACUGGAGGACUCGUUUCACCCGGCGCUUCUGGAGAUGUUGUUCAGCCAGAUCAACCUGCGAGAAUACCCCAACCUGAACGCAGUCCUCAACAGCUUCAAAAGUGUUUUCAUUCCCUGUGGAAGGUCGUCCACACCGAGCUCUUUUGAAGCCCCAGCCAACACAGCGAUGAGAAGCAGCCACCAGACCCUGCUGCCCCUGCCUGCACCACUGAGGCACCCAAUCCCUGUGCCCAAAGUUGGCGAGCCCAGAGCAGCCCCUCAGCCCCAGGCUAAGGUUCUGGGCGAGCAGCCCAGCCCUACUGCUCCUGCUGGCCCUGCCGGCCCUGCCAAAGAUCUUCCCAGAGUCACCCCGAAAGAAAGGAUCACUCCAGCAUCCCACAUAAACGAUGAAGAAAACUCACAACAGAUGUCCGGCACACCCCCUGCCGCUGCACAAGCGUCCAGUGACAACCUGACCCCACAAACAAAAAACAAGGAUGAUGCUCAAGAGAUUCCUCAUGUUGCCCCAGCCCACACGCCAGUGAUAAUAAAUGAUUCUCCUAAACCAAAAGACCUGAAAAAGGCCCAGGAGGCCUCCGGCACACCUCCUGUCAAGAAAGCAAAGAAAAGAAAAAGAAUGAUCUGGUCAGCUACAAAAAGGAGACACCCGAAGAAAAGCCUUCCGAAAGGUACUGCCUCAUGUGGGCACAGAAUCCAAAAGAAGAGCCAGUCGGUGGAUCAGACCACUGAAACGAAGGACGACUCAACCAAGACAUCAAAGGUGGUGACAAGUGCCAAAAAGGCAAGGACUGAAUGGCCCCCAGCAUAUGGACCUGAGGAGAUCAGUGAUGACACUUCAGAAAUGGAUGAAGCACAGAGUCUCCAGGACUCGAGCACACCGCGGAGCACACCAUCACAGAUCGUGCAAGAUUCCCUGGAUAAUGGAAGCAAACUGUCUUUGGGGAAAUCUGGAGAAAAGAAAAACAAGAAGAAAAAAUGUAACCAGUCAAGUUCAAAACCAAAACAGAGGAAAAGCCUCCCAAAGGGUCCUGCCUCACCUGGACACAGAAUCCAAGAGAAGCUCCAAGUGGCGGAUCGGGCAUCCCAGAGGAAGGACGACUCAGCUGGCACCUCAAAGAUGAUGACAAGGGCCCGAAGGGCAAGGACUGAAUGUGUUCAAACAUCUGGACCUGAGGAAAAGAAAAGGAAAACAGAUGUCUGUAAAAGUUCAACAAAGACUCAUCAGAAAAAUAUUCCCCCAAAGGAAAAACCCGAAGAUGAAACCGUGGAUUUGCAGUUUCCUAACUUCCCCGUGACCUGUGGCGCCGUGAAGGGGGUUUUUUAUCUGGAGAAAAUGGGAACCGGAUCCUCAGGGAAGUGCAUUCGGGAUGAGGCGGGAUCUUGGUGGACGCCAUUCGAAUUUGAAAUUCGAGGAAAAGGGAAAAAAUCAAAGAACUGGAAGCGGAAUAUACGUUACAGAGAAAAGACCUUAGAACAGCUAAGAAAGGAAGGAUUCAUGGACUAUCCUCCAAGAAUAAGUCUCGAGAGAGAGUGGCAAAAAUCCGAUGAAUGUGAAGUGUGCUGCAGAGGGGGACGGCUGCUCUGCUGUGACACUUGUCCACGAGCCUUUCAUGAGGACUGCCACAUCCCACCUGUGGAGGCUGAGAGGAGCCCGUGGAGUUGCACCUUCUGCAGGGUAAAGGAGUCUCCAGGAAGUCAGCCAUGUCACGGGGCAUCUCAGGUCCCAGCAAGGCCCAUGGGGCCUGAGGAGCAGCUGAAAUGCGAGUUCAUCCUCUUGAAGACCUACUGUCAUCCGCAAAGCACCUUUUUUGCGAAGAUCCCAUAUAAUAUUCUAGAUUACGGUGAGCCCUUUGAGGAACCCAUGUGGCUGGACCUGGUGAAGGAAAGGCUGGCUGAGAAAGUGUACACAGUGGCAUGGUUCAUACGGGACAUGCGCCUGAUCUUUCACAACCAUAAAACAUUUCACAAGGCUUCCGACUUUGGUCAAGUAGGACUGGAUUUAGAGACAGAAUUUGAAAAGGCUGUCAAAGAGAUGUUUAUCUUUCAUGAAGACAAGGAGAAGAGUUCUCAGGCUCCUCCUUGACCCUAUUCUGGAAGGACUGAGGCUCCCCAACUUCAGGACCCAGACGAUGUGACCCUGGUCAUCCUCAGAUUGCCAGUGGGUCUGGAAAUGUGAUCGGAUGUCCUCUUGACUCCAGUCCAGGCCCUUCACAGCAUUGUCACACCCUCUGCCUUUGUGCAGCUAAAGGAAUCUUACCUCACACCUACAAAAUUGCGGACUUCCUUAAUAGCAUUAAAUAGCCAUCAUAGUUCACAUUCUCCUCGUUUCUUAUACAUCUUUUUAUAGUCAAUUGUUUUUGGUUUCUCUUAAGUCCCUUUUAUGCUAUAAGUUUGCCAACUUUUUUCCUUGCCACCAAUUCAUUGGAGAAUCUGGGGCCCCUGCCCCAUAAAAUUUUUCAUAUUCUGGACUUUUCUAUACUCCUACCACUAUGAAAUAUUCAUUAAGUUGAUCUAAAUUUGUGUGGAAUUUAUUUUUCUCUGUUGCAUAUUUAAUAUAUCAUUGCAGAUAGGGGUUUUUUUAGGAUUUUGCAUUUGUAUUUAUAAGUGAGAUUGGUCUGUAGGUUUUUUUUAUAAUGCCAUAGUCAAGUAUAGGAUUGUCUUCACUUGGGAAAAUAACUUAUAAAAUUUUCUACCAUUGUAUACACUCUGGAAUAGUUCAUAGUGUUUUAAAUUCAUAAAAUUAUACAGCCGAGAGUUCUUUAGAUAGGUAGUAUUGACUAUUUUCUCUGCUUUUUCAUGGUAAUUAGACUAUUCAGACACCUAUUGCAUUUUGAAUCGGUUCCACUUUUAUAUUUUUCUAA